CACCGCCCACACGUUCCGCCCGGGUCUCCAUGGCGACCAGACGCGGUCGGCUUCUGCAGCAGCAAUGGCUCGGCCUCCAGGGCCUGCGCCUGCCCCUCGGGGGCGUCGGCGCGGCCCCGGGGAGCGACAGGUUCAGGAGGGGGCCAGACGCCUGGGCCGCUGCCUUCCGGACGCCCGGGAAGCAGCUCGCCCCAGGUGACGGGCCCUGGGGGCGGCCCUGCCCGCACUGCCCCGCGUGGCUGGACAGCAUGCCUGCAGAAAUCUUGCUGAAGAUCCUGUCCUACUUGGAUGCGGCCGCCCUGCUGUGCGUGGGAUGCGUGAACAGGCGCCUCUAUCACCUGGCCAACGACAAUCUUGUUUGGAUCAGGAUCUACUCAUCUGCCUUUUCCCCUAAAAGAUACAACUGGAGAGCCGACCCGGCGCAGAAGGCGGCGGAGUCCGUGAGCCUGCUGUCCGUGGAGGACAGAGACGCCGGCUACUGGAAGAGGCAGUGCGUCGCCAAGCGCAUGGCCUCCCUGAGGGCGGCUCUGGCGCAGGUCCUGAAGCCCGUCAACCUGUACACGGGCCUCCCCGAGAAAACCAAGGAGGCCCUCCGAGUGUCGGGCGUCGGCUGGGUGAUCGUCCUGCGCGAGCAGAGCGGCAGGGAGCACGUGCUGCAGCACGUGGACCUCUUCCUCAACGACUCCUCCGUCACCGUCGCCUGGCACGGCAAGGCCUGGCCCCCCCUGGCCACGCUGGCCGCCCUGGACCUGUGCGGCGUGGUGCCGCUGUUCGCCGACUGGCCCAAGCCCCCCGCCAAGCACGGGCCUCGGUGGCGCUCCCUGGUGGCCAGGUACAGUCUGCGCGACGUGACGGACUCUGCCGAGCUCGGCUGCGACCGCUUCGUCCGGCUCUUCCGCCUGGACCCGGGGCUGCUGGUGGGGCUGUGGAAGAGGGAGGAGGAGCUGGCUUUUGUCGUGGCGAACCUUCACGUCAGCCACCUCGUGGAGCGGAGCGUGCUGGGCUCGGCCACCAUCCCCUACGAGCCGCCCCCUCCCGGCGCCCGCUCGGACGACAGCCCCGAGUGCGGGCUGCGCGGCUACCAGCUGCACGUGGACCUGCACAGCGGGGACGCCUUCUGCCUGUGCAGCACGUUCUGCAACCUCUCCGCCGACACAGGAGGCAUGGAGCAUGGGUACGUGACGCUCGUGGUGAUUCACGCUCAGAACAGCGCGGAGCACCUGCCGCUCAUCGGGGAGGUCGGCCUCUGCUGGAGAGCCGAGGCCGCCGACGGCUGCGUCAAGAGUUGUUCUAUAAUGGACGUGACUCUUUUGGAUGAAUACGGGAAGCCCUUCUGGUGUUUCAGCUCCCCGGUGCGCGUGCGGGCGCGCCCCGGCCCCCGCGACAGCGCGCGCGCCGCGGGGCGGACGUCCUGCGUGGACUACGAGGACGCGGCGGGCGCGGCGCACGUGGAGCUGCUGCGGGUCCGGGGGACGGGGGAGCUCUUCAUCGUCGGCCUGGAGCUCCGCCUCCGCCUGGCCGGGAUCAACCGCUGGUUCGGGACACGGUACUGACCGGUGGCAGUGGGGGGCACACGGACGUGUAUUUUAUUUCGAAUCAACCCGAUUUGUUCUUGGUGUUGGGAGUCAAAAUAAAACAGUGGUUUGCUUGAUGCCUCCUUAUUUCACAUUCGAAAUUACGAUUGUUGGGUCCUUGUAAAGUUAACGUUUCGAGGAUUAAGCUAAAAU